AUGUCUGGUAUAAUACCAAUAUAUACUUUUAGUGUCAAGGACCGUUCGUCGGGCGAAAUGAUCGAGAGCAUAAAUCGACUCCGCAUCGGAGAGAAAUCCUCCAAAUCAUCGUCACCAACGAAUCUAUCGGGCUUCCGGACCACGAAGCCAUUCUGGUUGAAAAGACAGGUCACUAUACAAUCUGUCGUGUCUGACUCAUUCCAAUAUACUCUGACUUUCGAUCCACGAAUACAAAACGUUUUUCGGCAAAAUUCGAAUGGCCUCGAUGGUGGCCAUGUCCUGGCAAUCGUUGAAGUCAAGGCUCGGGUCUUCAAACCCAACCCCAACAAAUUUGACGAGGAAUACACCUGUUUCACAGUCUUCAGCCCCUGCCUCAGGCGUCAUACCAGUGUGCAGUGCAAAUACAUUGCGUCGGAAAAACGAAGAUCGGCACCAAUCAAACAACUCGGUAUAUGGAAGAAGCAGGAUUUGAUGCAAAUAACGCAGAUGCGCGAAGAAAAGCGACAGCCCAUUUAUGAAAACAGAAACUUCUUGAUUGGGAGGAACCCAAAAUCAAAGACAUUGAUCACCAGGUCAAAAAGAGGCAACGGCAAGGAUUUCUGUGGGAAGGGGCACGCUAUUGCCGCGAAAAACCCGCGAGACGGAGGAUCAAGAAAUGAACAAUCAGGAAAUGGAUGA